AUGUCAACUAAUAUUAUUGGCCUGCCAAUGCUGUUGUUUACACCAGCCUCAGGGAAGGAUUCCGUUGCUCAUGUGAUCUACCAGAACUCGGGUGAUUCAGAGGCAACAAAAAGGCCUCGUGCGGACUACAUGGAGAUGGUCCAGGGAGAUAUUACUGACUACAUGCAAGCUACUGCCAUUGAUUGGCUGGUGAGGGUAGCUGGAGAGGAACAGUUGCAGUUGGUUGUAGUUACCUGCAUGAUGAUUGCUUGUAAAUACGAGGAGACAACUAAACUAAGCGUGCAAGUGAUCUGCCAUAUUGCUGAUAACAAAUACCGGAAAGAAGAGAUCUUGCAAGUGGAAUCCGCUGUGCUGAAUUACUUGAAGUUUGAAAUGGCCGUCCCAACAGCUCAUUUUUUUCUGAGGCAAUUUGUUUCUGCUGCCGAAAUGGCCAAUCAGGUAUCUUUUAUUUGUUCCUUAGUUAAAAGGGGAAUCAUUAGUGUUGAAACUUCAAUGACCACUGAAUUGUUCAGUGACCACUGAAUCCAUAGUCUAUUCGUGCUAUACAAACUCUGAAUUGUUCAGCUAAUAUUGAGGGGCUUGCAUAUUCUUUUUCAUGGUAUUGGAUAGGAUUCUAAAUUGAGGGAUUUCACACUGUACUCUGAUUUGGGUGACUGUGUAUUGUCUCUCCGUGAUGGUGGUAUUGCUAAUUUGGUUGCACUAAGUGAGAAGUAUGGUAAGCAUCAGUACUUUUUUGUGGCAAAGAGGAACUGCCCAGCAAUACCAAGGGAGUUUUUUCAAGAUGUGUGAGAAGUUAGUAGAAGGUUUUCAGGUUUGCUUCCGACACUCUGCUGGAUUUAUAUUAGUAUUUAGAUGAAAAAUGUUGAUUUUUUUUUAAGCAAAUGCCAUUAACUGCAAUCAUUCAAUUAACGUAAAAUAGCAACAUCAUCAAUAACCAAUGAAUGUAUCGAAUGAGAAUAGUCCAAGCCAAAAAUGACCUCAUUCUGUCUCUAAACCAAGCCUACUAAAACAAUUAGCUACCUUAUUGCCCAAAUGGGCUACAUAGCAAAAAAGAAAACAGUUGAGUUCCUAGCCUCAUAUAACAGAUAGCUCAAUAAUGAUAAAUCUAAUACUGAAGACCGAAGCUUAGUAAUGAUAAUAGCACAAACACAUUCCAAUAAUACUUGUUAAAGCCCAUAGAAUGCACAAGAUGUAGCCCAGCAAUCACUGCAUGAGCCUCCGCCCACGAUGGCUCCCCAUAGCUUGUCACCCUCGUCAGAAGCCUGCCGUGCACAAAACCACCAGAAUUGCAGAUCACAACACCAAUUCCCACUCACUGUCCGGCACAUUCAAGGGCAACAUCGACAUUUAUCUUAAGAACAUGUCCGCGAAGAGGCAAACAUUGAACCUUGCACGCACGCAUUGGAAGCACAUGAACCUGAAAUUCAUUAUUAAGCCUUUUUGCCCAGUCCAAUAUCAUGUGUGGUGUCGUGGAAUGACCUUUCAUCACCCCAUUGUUAUGUUCAUUCCAAAGGUUCCAAAGUAGAACCAACAAAUCGGUAAAAGCAGCUUUAUACAACGUCAGCAUGGCCAUUUCCAUCCAAUCAGUACA